UGUCAGCUUUGAUACUCGGCUAUGAUUUGUCCGCGAUUUCGUCAGAAUAGCUCGAUUCUCACUGAUUGCGUUUGAAAGGUCUUCUACUUGGGUCAAUGCGGAGAUUCGUUCAGACACGUCUUCUCGAGACAGGUACUCUGAAUCUCAGAACUGCUCUAGUCUUGUCUGAACGAGCCUUUUCCACUCUCGGUAAAGGUAAGAAAGUCUCUUACAAAGAGAGGUUGAGGAAUGGGGUUGUUGAUAUCAAGAAAGACGACGCUGUUGAGCUCUUCCAGUCAAUGAUUGUUUCUCGUCCUCUUCCCACUAUCAUUCACUUCAGUAGACUGUUUAGUUCCCUUGCCAAGACAAGACAGUACGAACUCGUGUUGUCCCUCUCCAAGCAGAUGGAGUUGCAAGGAAUCGCACAUAACAACUACACUCUUAACAUAAUGAUCAACUGCUUCUCCCGGCGCCGGAAGCUCGGUUUCGCUUUUUCCGCUAUGGCCAAGAUGUUGAAGCUUGGGUAUGAGCCAGACACAGUCACGUUCUCGACUUUGGUAAACGGGUUAUGUCUCGAAGGGAGAGUUUCUGAAGCUGUGGCGUUAGUUGAUAGAAUGGUGGGACCAAACCUGGUAACGCUCAACACUCUUGUCAAUGGGCUUUGUCUGAAUGGUAAAGUGUAUGAAGCUGUAGCGUUAGUUGAUCGGAUGGUGGAAAAUGGAUGCCAGCCUGAUCAGUUUACCUAUGGUCCGAUUUUGAACAGGAUAUGUAAGUCAGGGAACACUUCAUUGGCUUUGGAUUUGCUCAGGAAGAUGGAAGAUAGGAAGGUCAAGCCUGAAGCGGUUACAUACAAUAUGAUUAUCGAUAGUCUUUGCAAAGAUGGGAGCCUUGAAGAUGCGCUUAAUCUCUUCAAUGAAAUGGAAAGGAAAGGGAUCAAAGCAAAUGUCAUCACCUACAACACUCUCAUAAGCAACUUCUGUAACGCUGGUAGAUGGGAUGAGGCUGCACAGUUGCUGAGAGAUAUGAUCACACGGGGAAUCACUCCCAACGUUAUCACAUUCAGUGCGUUGAUUGACAUUUUUGUGAAAGAGGGGAAGCAUGUUGAGGCUAAAGAGUUGUACAAUGAGAUGAUCGCAAGAGGUAUAGAUCCUGAUACGGUUACAUAUAAUUCUUUGAUAUAUGGUUUGUGCAUGGAGAAGCGUCUAGAUGAGGCCAACCAGAUGAUGGAUGUGAUGGUCAGCAAAGGAUGUAGUCCUGAUAGUGUGACUUAUAAUAUCAUUAUUAAUGGAUAUUGUAAGGCUAAACGGGUGGAGGAUGGUCUUAAACUCUUCCGGAAAAUGUCUCUAAGAGAAGUGGUCAGUUAUAACACUCUGGUCCAAGGGUUUUGUCUAUCUAGAAAAAUUGAGGUUGCACAAGAACUUUUCCAGGAGAUGGUUUCUCGAGGUGUUGAUCCUGAUACUGUGACUUACAACAUUUUGGUAGAUGGGUUAUGUGAGAAUGGUAAACUAGAGAAGGCGUUGGAAAUAUUUGAGGAUCUGCACAAGAGUGAGGUGGAACUUGAUAUUGGGAUAUUUAAUAUAAUCAUUCAUGGGAUGUGCAAUGGUAGUAUGAUUGAUAAAGCAUGGGAGUUAUUUAGUAGCCUUGCUCAUAAAGGAGUGAAGGCUGAUGUCAAAACAUAUACUAUAAUGAUUGGAGGACUGUGUAAGAAAGGAUCACUGUCUGAAGCGGAUAUGUUGCUUAGGAAAAUGGAGGAAGAUGGGAUUGCGCCAAAUGGGUGUACAUACAACACACUGAUCCGAGCUCAUUUAGGAGGUAGUGGUGUAGCCACUUCGGUUAAACUCAUAGAAGAAAUGAAGAGGUUUGGGUUUGCUGCAGAUGCUUCCACCAUGAAGAUGGUUAUUGAUAUGUUAUCAGAUGGUAGAUUGAACAAAAACUUUUUGGGUAUGCUUUCUUGAGGUUCUGAUCUAAGAGGAAAGACUUCCUUAGUGUUUUUGAGGUAGUUGGGCUAAAUCGUUUGAAGCCAACUUUGUUUUUUUUUUCACACAUGUAAACAGAGCUUACUGUAUUCUCUUUCACAUGGCUUUCAUAUGUUAUGUACCAUCUCCUCUGAUAGAUCAUAAGAGCAUGGAAAGAUGGAAACAUAUUCACAAGUCACAACUGUACUAACAUGUUUAUUAGUGUUUACUUUUUACUACAAUUUGUGUUGUGCUACUUUUUACUACAAUUUGUGUUGUGCUGAAUUUAAAAUUUACAAUGUCAGACGCCAUAAAAAAUAUAAAUUUAGAAUUGGGUAUGUUGUGAACUCAUCAUGGACUCUGAAAACUACUUAGAAUUUUUUUAAACGUUCAUUGAACUGUUUGUAACCGCAACAAAACGUCUAUCGUUUGAUCUCUUAAUAAUACCUUUAGGUAUUUUAUAAAGUAAUAAUUCAAAAAAACAUGUUUAAUUGUAGUAAGUUUGGUAAAAUAUUAGUACACGGGAUAUACAUAUAAUUGAAUAAUUAGCAAUGUUCACGUCAAUAUUGCUUUAAAGACAAAUCCUAAGAGAGAAAUAAAUGAUGAGUGAAGUGGCCACGCGCAUGUGACACUCACGAGACAGUAUGAAGUCUUUAUUUUGUAUUGGCCUCAGUGGCCUACAUGUCUUCUUGUCUGUAAGUUUUACGUAUGGGUAUGGCUAUUGUUUACAUAUUUAUUUCAACAUUUGUGUAAUACUAUAAACAUUCAUCAUUGUCACUAUCAUCUAUUAAUUACUACAAUCUACUAUUAGUAAGCAUACAAGUUUUGAAUGAGUUCCUAUAAUUAAUUAGAAAUCAGAAUACAUUGCAAAAAAAUUACAUUCCCUAUACGGCUAUACGCUUGUAUUGCAAAAUUUACAUGCACUAUGACGAGGUAAUAUCAUUAUCAUGAAUUUUAACUGGUGUUUUACUCAAUAAAAAGCACAAGUAAAUAAGCUUAAUUUCACAUUAUAUGAAAUUCACAUAUCUUGAAGUAUUUUGAGUGAUAAAAUAAAAGGUAGAAAAUUAAUUGGCACAUUUUAUGCGCAAUUACUAACAUAGUACUAGGAAAUAGUUCCCACGGGAAUCCCACGUGUUACUCGCAGCUAAUCUACUUAAUAUGGAAAAGAGUAACGUGUUUCAUAUCCACAAAACAAAUGUAGAAAUAACAUCUACCAAUUUCAUAUUUCAUAUUUGUGGUCCAACGUUGGAGCUGGACCCGACUUGAAGAUUUUAAUAACAAGUUAAAACCAAUAAAAGCGAAGUAGUUCUGUUUGACCAAAGAUUCCAAGAAUGUAUUGUCAUUCAGUCUUGGAAAAACAACAAUAAUCAAAUAAUUUAGUGUUUAUUGUCUUGGUAAUUUUUUCAUUCAGCUCUGAGAAAACAACGAGAUAUCAACUAAAUUAGUUUUUAUCAAUACCUUGGUAGUCAAAUUUAUCAGCUAAUAUUCACUAGACACGUUUUAAUAGUUUUGAAUUCAAUUCUCAAAUCCAGCAGGUGAUCCCUGAUGGUAUCAAAACGAUUUACACAAUAUAACAUGCUCUGCAUCUUUUAGAGUCUUUGACUGCAAUAAAAAUUCAUAACAUCAUGCCUCACAACAUUUGACAUCUAAUAGACCCGAUAUGUAGAAAGGUAAAUACAUGAAGGUAGAACAAAUGGGCUGGAGAUAGACAGAUUUAUAACUAAUCUUUAGUUUAUUAUUUAAAUACUGCAUAUCAAUGAAACCUACGACAAGCGAAUUAUUCAUUUUUUUUUUUUUCCGCCAAGGAUUUAAUUUUUAUUAAUAAAACGGGCCAAGCCCAACAUACAUGGCCUAAGGCCCAAAUACACAAAAAAACCUAAAAGCCCAAAAGCCAAACGGCUACAAUCUAUCACUUUAACGGGCCCGCGGCCCAAACUAAACAAGACCGAACGACGUCGGCAGGACAAACGCAUCAAGGAAGCUGGCUGCUGUACACGUGGAAGCAUCUGCGCCUUCGGAUCGACACGCGUCGCACACCGCCUCGACCUGACCGUCUCCGCCUCGAAACGCCUCCAGAUCCAUCUCACCGUACCUUCGUUUCGCCGGAUCUCAUAACCCGCCUCGAUCUACCUUCUUCUCCGAUGGUCCUCCACCGAAAGCGUCAUCGGACAAACCGCGCUCUCAUCAGAACCACCCACUCUUCUCUCGGGAUUAAAACCCGAAACCACAACCUCACCUUUCCGCCGACAAGAACAACAACCCAACCAAACUUUCACCGCUAACACCCAAACUUCCUACGGGUACCACGCCGGCAGUGUAGAGCUAUAGUAGCCUCCACCCUCCGGUAACAAGACGGCGACGACGGAGCUAGGUAAGCCUCCCCCUCCCGGAAACUGAAACCGACGACGGCGGAGCUACAGGAGCCUCCACCUCCCGGAGAAAAACCGACGACGACGGAGCUGUAAAAGCCUCCCCUACCCGGAUUCGAACCUUGAUCUAAAAAUACUUCCUCUCCACCGCAGAAACCCUUCCCCACGACCGCGUCUUCACUCCAGACAAGAACCCGCCAUGCACCAUAGAAUAGGUCUGAUCCACAGCUCAGACAAGGCGAUAGUGGGGGAGGGAUACGAAGAGAGGCACUAAGAUAACUUUUAAACGGACGGACCACAGUUCCGGCGACGGCACGGUCGCUCACGCGCCGGCCGUACGCCGGAAGCGAAUUAUUCAUUUAUACCCUUGUUUUUUUGUUAAAGUACAGUUAUUCAUUUUUAUUUUACAUAAGCAACAAAAAAUAAUCAAGGACUAAUUAGUCCUUGAUUAUAGGUUUAAAUGGACUAAUUUGGCGUAUAUAUUCAUCAAAUAUGUUAGUACCACAAAACUAAGGUUUAUAAAAGAUUAAUAGUAAGAGUAAGGAAAAUUGAUCUCCUCAACUGAUCUCCUCGAACUGUCUAGCAGAACGCACCGGAUAGAUGGUGAUGCGAAACUAAAUUUAUAAAAUAUUGGUUUAAAUCAUUUUGGUUGAGUCCGGUUUGUAUUUCGACCUUGAAACUUUUUCGGGGUUGAUUUAUAUUAAAAAAAAACUAGGUAGUAAAUAAGAGGGUCCCGGACAAUUAUGGUGAUGAGACUUCAAGCUCACACUAAACAGCUAAUAAUAUAGUACAAUCCCUUUAAAAUGCUCACGUGGCAACAAGCCUUGAUACAAAUAACGGUGUGUUACGCGCGUUCAUUUCGCACUUCUAUGUCCCACAACCGUAGCCUAUAUAUCUCCUCUCAUCCACUUCUCUGUUUCAUAACUCCCACCAAAACACAAAAACAGAACAUAAGUCUAACAAAAAUAAAAACAUUAUUCAUUCCGACAAUCAUUACAAGAAAUAGCAUUGUAAUGGAUAAUUAUGAUGGGACUAAUCUGGCUGAGAUGAGGCCAAAGAGGCGUGCGGGACGGAAAGUGUUCAACGAGACACGCCACCCAGUUUUCAGAGGUAUACGGCGGAGGAACGGCGACAAAUGGGUCUGCGAAGUCCGAGAGCCGACGCACCAGCAACGCAUUUGGCUCGGGACCUACCCCACGGCGGACAUGGCUGCGCGUGCGCACGACGUGGCGGCACUAGCUCUGCGCGGGAGAUCCGCGUGUUUGAAUUUCGCCGAUUCCGCCUGGCGUCUCCCGGUGCCGGAGUCAAACCACCCGGAUGUCAUAAGGAGAGUGGCGGCUGAAGCGGCUGAAAUGUUCAGGCCGACGGAGUACGGGAGUGAGAUCACGGUUUUGCCCUCUUACGGUAGUGAGGUGUAUAUGGGCUCUGGCUCGGGAUCGGAGGAGAGGAAUGUUUAUGGAUAUGUGGAGGAGGAAGAGGAAGUCUCGACGACUAUGAUGAGACUUGCGACGGAGCCGUUAAUGUCGCCGCCGCGGUCGUAUAUGGAAGGCGUGACUCCUAAUGGUUACAUGGAAGAAGAAAUGAGCUAUGAAGAUAUGUCACUCUGGAGUUACCGUUACUAAGCGGGGAUGCACAUUAGUAUGCAUAUGGUUUUUAAAAUAUGUAAUAUGGUAAAAUGCGUGCAAUAGUGUGUAUGAGUUGUAAGAUUUUUCCUUCUUGAGGUUUUUUUUAGAUCCUCUGGCUGAGUUAGAAGGCUCCCUGAUGGAAAUAAUUUUGUAUUGUACUUGUAAGAAUAUGUUAUAAAAUGUUUGGGCUUUAUGUAUC